AUGCGAGAAUACUAUGCUUAUUUCAUUCAACAACGCAGAUCUGAUCAGUCAGCUUUGUUGCGAGGUGGUCGUCUAUUUCAACAAUUUAUUGUGGAUGCUUUCACGUGUAUAGAACAAGAGCGUUUAGAUUUUAUUAAACGAAAUCAGAAAGCUCUUCGCUCAGAGAUAUAUAGUGGUAUACGCGACGCUUUUUUUCGUGGUGAUACUGAAAGUAAUAACAUAGGCAAACAUGUCAUACUGCCUGCCUCUUACACUGGGAGUCCACGAUAUAUGAUGGAACAUUACCAUGAUGCUAUGGCUAUUUGUCGUGUCUUUGGUCAUCCUGAUCUGUUUGUUACAUUCACAUGCAACCCUGCGUGGUCUGAAAUUUCUGAUAUGCUAGCGGUUAUGGAUGGACAAACGGCAGAAAAUCGGCCUGACAUUGUGGCUCGUGUUUUUAAAUUUAAGGUUGACAUGCUUAGCAAAUACAUAAAGAAUGGCAAGUACUUUGGGCCGAUUAGUGCUUUUUUAUAUACAGUAGAAUUUCAAAUAAGGGGCCUUCCGCGCAUUCACUGUUUGAUUUGGCUUGCUACAUCGCAGAAACCGCUCACAAUCGCCCAAAUAGAUAACUUUAUAUGUGCUGAAUUGCCAGAUCCUGAAGUUGAUUUACAAUGCAGCAAGUUAGUAAUUAAAUUUAUGAUUCAUGGCCCGUGUGGUGUUUUGAAUGAAAAAAGCCCAUGCAUGCGCAAAGGAAAAUGUUCAAAGCAUUUCCCUAAGAAAUUUAGAGAUGAAACUUAUAUGGAUGAAAAAGGGUUUGGAAUAUACAAACGGCGAGACAAUGGAAUGUAUGUCGAAAAAAUGUACAUUAGCAAAGGUUCCGAUAGAGUACGUGCCGUACUUGAAAAUGGUUCUGAUGCUACGGGCGAAAAAACAGCUCCUCGAGAUGAAGUGAAGAAUUAUUUAGAUUGUCGCUACAUAUCUCCAUGUGAGGCAGCUUGGAGAAUAUUUGAAUUUCCUAUUCAACAUCGAGAACCUGCCGUUGAAAAAUUAGUUGUGCACUUACCAAAUAUGAAUUCCGUUUACUUUAAUGAACACGUGGGCAUUAGGAGCCUGUAUUAUAAUGCCAAUAAUAGAAAAACUAUGCUUACAGAAUGGUUUUCCAUCAAUGCUCGGUUUGAGGAGGCGCGCGAACUUACUUAUUCAGAAUUUCCAUCGAAAUGGGUUUGGAAUUCUAGGGAUAAAAUUUGGGAAUUGCGAAAACGUGGGCGUAGCAUAGGUCGAGUGACAUUUGUGCACCCAAAUGCAGGGGAAUUAUAUUAUUUGCGAAUGCUAUUAAAUAUAGUUAAAGGGCCUCGCAGUUUUGAAGAAAUACGAACAGUGGGUGAAAUUCAAUAUCCAACUUUCCAAGCGACUUGCAUGGCAUACGGUUUAUUAGGCGAUGAUAAGGAGUGGAUUCAAGUUUUGGAUGAAUCUACAGCAUGGGCUUCAUCGCAACAGUUGCGUAGACUUUUUGUCAUAUUACUUAUUUUCUGCGAUGUUGGUGACCCUGUGAGGUUAUUCAAUAGGUUUUGGCGUACUUUUGCGGACGAUGUUGAAUAUAAUAUGCGUCACAUUUUUGGUAUUGCGUAUACCACUAUACCAGACGAAUUACUGAAAAAUCACGUGCUUUUCGAGCUUGAAAAGUUAUUGAAUCGCAAUGGGAAUUCGCUUCCAGAUUACAAUCUUCCUUUGCCUGCAGGCUCUAUAUUUGCUAAUUCCGCAAACAAACUUAUUGUUGAGGAACUAUCAUUUGACCCGUUUGAUUUAAAAAUAAAACAUGAAUCGAUGGUAAACACUCUAAAUAAUGAACAAAAGACAAUUCACGAUGAUAUUGUUAAUUCGGUUGAAUCUGGGGAUGGUAGGCUUUUUUUCAUUUAUGGACAUGGCGGAACUGGGAAAACUUAUUUAUACAAAACAAUUAUAUACAGGUUCAGGUCAGAAGGCAAGAUAGUUUUAGUUGUUGCAUCAUCUGGUAUUGCGUCGCUGCUAUUACCGGGUGGUCGAACUGCACAUUCAAGAUUUAAAAUUCCAAUUAACUUAGAUGGCUAUUCGUCGUGUGAAAUUAAAAGGGGCACACAGUUAUCAGAGCUAAUAAAACAGACUGCCUUGGUUAUUUGGGAUGAAGCGCCCAUGAACCACCACCAUUGUUUUGAGGCCAUUGACCGUUCUUUUCGUGAUAUUUUAGCUACAUCGUGUGAAAAUUUUAAAAAUUUACCGUUUGGCGGUAAGACUUUUGUAUUGGGUGGUGAUUUCCGGCAGAUCUUGCCUGUUGUGCCCCAAGGAACGAAAGAAGAUGUACUAAACGCGUCUGUUACAAAGUCUUAUUUGUGGGAAUUAUUUAACGUUUAUAAGCUUAAUAUUAAUAUGCGCGUAAAUGAAAGUACAACCGUUUCUGAUUUUUUGCCUGAUUGUUCAUUUUCACAGUGGUUGUUGUCUAUUGGAGAUGGUAGAUAUAUGUCAAGACAAAUAGAAUUGUUUGACGAGGAAAAUAAUUGGAUAAAUAUACCUUCUAAAUUUAUAAUUACUUACGAUGACAAUCCGAUUGAGAGUAUUAUUAACUAUGUAUAUACUGAAUUUAAGGAAAGUUAUAUGCACCCCACAUAUUUACAGGAAAGGGCAAUCGUAUGUCCUCGAAACGAAGUGGUUGAAAUAAUAAAUUCUGCCGUGUUGGAUUUAGUACCUGAACAAGAUCACGUAUAUUAUAGUUACGACAGUAUAUGUAAUAAUUCGAGUAAUUUAGAAGAAUUGUUAUUGCUUUAUCCUGUUGAAUUUCUAAACACUCUUCAAUUUAAUGGCUUCCCACAACAUGCCUUGAAACUGAAAUUAAACACACCUGUGAUGUUACUACGCAAUUUGAAUCCUUCGGUAGGUCUGUGCAAUGGAACUCGCUUACUAAUAAUUCAACUAGGCGUACGUGUGAUUGAAGCUCAAAUUAUGACAGGUUCAUUUGCCGGUGAUCGGGUUUUCAUUCCGCGUAUAGUUUUGUCAGCAACAGAUAAAAAAUGGCCUUUUAUUUUAAAACGUCGUCAAUUUCCUUUGCGUGUUUGCUAUGCCAUGACAAUCAACAAAAGUCAAGGGCAAACUUUAAAUAAAAUAGGAAUUUACUUAGACAACCCUGUAUUUACGCAUGGACAGUUAUAUGUUGCUUUAUCACGUGUCACGAAUGAAAAUGGUAUAGGUUUAUUAAUAAAAAAGAACGACAAAGAUGCUGAAGGCAUAUAUUUGAACUACACAAAGAACGUUGUUUAUUCAGAAAUUUUGCAGGACCUGUAA